UUCAUCUUGAGUACUGUAGAACGCUAGCUACAUUGUUACCAGUAGAUAUUUAAAAAUAAACGCGCACGCGCACAGAAACACACAUACGAUCCUGUUAAGGUAAAUUAGGAGGAAAGAAAGAAAGCAAACGCAAGGACGCCGUAGAGAAGCUGGAGCCAGUGUGCAGGCAACCUGUCCAUUCAUCUCUCCAUCCACAUAAAUGCGCUGUGGCUACAUUUUUUGGGAGAAGAAGCCCCCCUUCCCUUCCUCCUUCUUCUUCCCCCUUCCCUCUCCUCCCUGUUACUCAGAAAGAGAGACCCGGAUCCAGGAGGGAAGCUGAAGGCCGAUGAACGGGCAGGCUACUGCUCACAGCGCCACACAGACCGGAGAGACAAAGUAGAUCUGUGGAAGUUUGCACCAGGCUGUGCUGGCGAGUCCCAGAGGCCUGGCGGAGGAAACCUCUGAUACGCUUAUCCCUGACAUGCCAUCACUCCCCAAUGAUGGAGAUGAUCAAAAGUCGUCCCCCGUGAACUUGCCAUCUGCACUGUCCAAUCAGAAUGGUGUCAAGAGAAAAGUGCGCACUAAGAAGAAGAAGGGCGUCAUCACUGCCAAUGUGGCAGGCACGAAAUAUGAGAUCGUUCGUAUUGUCAUCGGGGAGGUGGCCUUCCACAAAACCAGAGACGAGGAUGAAACGGCUAACCUCAUCUGGAACGACUCGGCCGUACAGCAUGAGAAAAUCGCAGAGCUCAGGAACUACCAGAGAAUUAACCACUUCCCAGGCAUGGGAGAGAUCUGUCGGAAAGACUGUCUGGCCAGAAACAUGUCUAAGAUGAUUAAAAGCCAGCCUCAGGAAUACAGCUUCAUUCCCAAAACCUGGAUCUUCCCAGCAGAGUAUACUCAGUUCCAGAACUACGUGAAGGAGCUGAGACGCAAACGCAAGCAAAAGACGUUCAUCGUCAAGCCCGCAAACGGAGCAAUGGGUCACGGUAUAUCCUUGAUUCGGAAUUGUGAAAAACUCCCAGCACAAGACCACUUCAUCGUCCAGGAGUACUUGGACAAGCCCUUUUUAAUGGAGGGCUACAAGUUUGACCUGCGCAUUUACAUCCUGGUCACUUCCUGCGACCCUCUUAGGAUCUUCCUCUACAACGACGGCUUGGUGCGGAUGGGAACGGAGAAGUAUCACACGCCUAACGAGUCCAAUCUGAGUCAGCUAUACAUGCACCUGACGAAUUACUCAGUAAACAAACACAAUGAGAAUUUCGAGCGUGAUGAGACCGUGGACAAAGGCAGCAAGAGAUCCAUCGGCUGGUUCACUGAAUUUCUCCGCAUCAACAACUACGACGUCGCUAAAUUCUGGGGUGACGUUUCUGAGCUGGUGGUUAAGACGCUGAUUGUGGCCGAGCCUCACGUGCUCCACGCGUACCGUAUGUGCCGCCCCGGACAACCUCCAGGGAGCGACAGCGUCUGCUUUGAGGUUCUCGGCUUUGACAUCAUCCUAGACCGCAAGCUCAAGCCGUGGCUGCUGGAGAUCAAUCGCGCUCCGAGUUUUGGGACAGAUCAGAAGAUUGAUUAUGAUGUGAAGAGAGGGGUCUUACUCAACGCGCUGAAACUGCUGAACAUCAGAGCAAGCGAUAAGCGUCGAAACCUGGCUCAGCAAAAGGCCGAGGCGCAGCGACGCCUCUACGGCCAAGGCACCAUGAAGAAACUUUCAGCAGGUUCAUCUGACUGGGAAAAGCAGCGCCUCACCCUGGAGAGGAGGAAAGAAGAGCUGAAAGAGAGACUUGCCCAGGUCCGCAAGCAGAUCUCCAGGGAGGAGUAUGAAAAGCGUCAUCUGGGGAACUACAGACGUAUUUACCCCCCAGAUGACAAGCUGCUCCUGGAGAAGUAUGAGGGCCUCCUCUCGGUUGCCUUUCAGACGUUCCUCGCUGGGCGAGCAGCCUCACUUCAAAAGGAAAUGAAUAAUCCUCUGAAACGAAUGAAGGAAGAGGAUAUCCUGGACCUGCUGGAGCAAUGCGAGCUGGACGACGAGAAGCUGAUGGGGAAGACGUCCAGGCAGAGAGGAGUGAAGGCCUUGUCCUCCAUGCCCGAGAGCGCCCAGAUGCCCAGGAGGCACAGAGACUAUGAAGACAGCUCAGGCAGCUGCAACAGUAGCAGAACGUCAGGCUCGAACACCGAUGAAGAAGACGAGAGCACCAAUGACCUCCAGGAGAAGAAGGUUCCCAGUGAGGCUGGGGAGAGCAAACAGAAAGCCUCUGAGCGUUCCAGUCGUGUGCACUGGAAGCCGUCUCCCAAACCAGAGAAAUUGGGUUCUCUAUCUUCACCAGCUCUGUCAGGACUCAUCCGCCGCUCUGUCUCAUGCCCACGCUCCAUCUCUUCUUUGAGUGGACAGUCUCCCAGCAGUGACAAUAGAGGCACCUCGAACAAGAGUCUGCCACAGAUGGGAGGCACUGGUGUGGCAUCAGCCCACGCAGGAGCUUUGGCUCCAACGACAUCAUUGGUUCGACCCCACACUGCUCUGCGCUCACACUCUCUCAGCCGCAACAGUUCUGCCCACAGAAUGCCCCACAGCAGCAGCCUGGGCACUAUCCACUCCACCAUGGGAGAGUCCCUGCUGAACGCGAGGAGCAAGGAGCAGGAGGCGGAGCUGACGCGGCAGACGCUGGCCGCGCUGGGGGAGUUGCGCAUCCGAUUCCCAGGGAAGAGCGAGGAAGAAGCGGAGGCCGUGCUGGACGAGAUUUUAAACAACUGGAAAUAUCAUAAACCAAAAGUUGCUUCUUAUUGGCUUGUGAAGUUGGAUGCCACAAAACAAAGAAAGGUCUUGGACAUUGUCCGCACCAACGUCCGAUCGUUGCUCCAGCGGAUCUGGAGGGAGCCUGACAUCGAAAGUUUACGUCUCUACCGCCUUUUUAACCGUGUCUUCAGUCGCCUGCUCUGGAGCCAUGGUCAAGGCCUGUGGAACUGUUUCUGCAGCUCUGGCAGGUCAUCGUGGGAGAGUAUCUUCAGCAAGAGCAGCGAGGUGGUGACACCACAGGAGCUGCAGUGCUGCCAGCGCUUGGUGCAGCUGUGCCGUGACUGCCUGCUCGUGGUUUACAAGUUCGUCGUGGAGUCGCGCGGGUCGCUGACUGGCCUGAACCCGGAGUGGGAUGACCCCAGGUAUCUGGUGCCAGUAACCUCCCAGUUCGUCAUCAAGUGGCCUUCCUCCAGCUCGAGCCGGAACGUGGCCUCUCGGAGUCUUUUCACUACCCGCAUGGGCCACUUCUAAUCCACCAUGGACGCUCGUCGCCUCAUGAGGAGGGAAAGGGGCACGGAUCCCUCUGCUAACCCCCUUGGGGACACACUAACUCUGGAAGCAUGUGAAAAUGGAUCUUGCCAGUUUGCUUUUUUAGAUGUAGUCAUCGCCGCAUCAGAGGCAGACAAUUAGGCGGGUCCUUUCUUGAGUUCGGCUUGUGUCCACGGAUCUCCUGUAUUAAAAAAAAAAAAGGGGGUCUACUGUACAGACAGUUAAUUCCUUUAUUAUCCACAAUUAUGGAUUUUGUGUCCCAAGACUUGCAAAACUAUUCUGUCAAUAACAGUGAAUGUUUCAAUGAAGUUUUACGGAAUGGGAUUUGUUUGUAUGCUCGUCGUCGAAGAAAGAUAACAUUCAAUUCUGUUUUUCCUUUUUUCGCUGCUUGCAAUGUUUGCCAAAGGCUGGUGCUGUUUUUCUUAAAUGAUUUUAUUACAUUUUGCCACAGUAUGUAGUAGUAAGAGGAAUUUAGGUGUAGGAGGGUGUACAGAAGGGUUCUGCCCAACUGCUUAUAUUCAAGAGCCAGAAUUAACGAAGGUCUCCUGAAAGCAUGCCUCUCAGAAGAGAGUUACAUUCAUGCAGUGCUGCAGCCAGUACUGAUCUCUUGCAUAUGCGUAUACAUAGUUCUUUAAACUUGUGUGUUUUUCAUUGCACAUCAGAAAUACUUGAAUUUAUUUAUACUAUUUAUUUUAUUUUAAAUGUUUUAAGUCACAUGCACUACUAACUUAAGUUUUUUUUUAAUAUUUUCAUUUAAUCUAAAUUUUAUGUAUGUUAGCGUUUUUUUUUUUUUGUUGUUGGUGGUGAUAUUUAAAAGGUAUGAGAAUAAGUUUUAAAGUACUGUAGAUGCCAUGUUUGUGUUUUAGCAGCUAUGUCGAUAUUUUCUCAGCCUGUAUGCAAGUGCCAGUGCAGAUUGUGGCGUGCCAAGGCUAAGCACAACCAGGAAUGUGUUAAUGGCUUCUAAAUUGAGGUUAGUGAGUAAUUAGAAUGCUCUGUAUGACAGUAGGUAGUGUUAGAAUUUCAAUUUGAAAAAGCUCCUGGUAGCUAAUUUUCAGGUAGGUUGUAUUCCGUAAAAAUGCUAAUGCAGGAUUUUUUCCUUCCUUCCUUCCUUUCUUUUUUUUUGUUUGUUUGUUUGGUUAUGCCCUUCAGCAGUCCUUUUGUAACGAGUAUGGCGAUAACUUUAAGCUAAGAAACCUAUAUGCUAUAUAUAUUUUUUUUCUCCUUUCCCUGUCAUUUCACUAUGCCUGGAUUUCAUUCAUGCUCAUUCUAGAUAAUGAUUUUUAAGUUUAACAGCAAUAAAAGACUGGUGGUUUGAGCUGUAUUUAUCAUUAAGCUGUCUCUGA